AUGCUUGUGGAGAACAAGACCAGCUUUAUUAAGAGCCAGAGGACUAUGGAGUGUGGCAUUAUUGAUAAUAAAGUGCUGAACAUUGAUGGAGUGAAGGUGAAGCUCCAGAUCUGGGACACGGCUGGACAGGAGCGCUUCCGCAGCGUCACCCACGCCUACUACCGUGAUGCCCAUGCCCUCCUGCUGCUAUACGAUGUCACCAACAAGACAUCAUUCGACAACAUCCAGGCCUGGCUGACAGAGAUCCAUGAGUACACUCAACAGGAUGCGGUUCUGAUGCUGCUCGGCAACAAGGCGGACUCCACACAUGAGAGAGUGGUGAAGAGAGAGGAUGGAGAAAAGCUGGCUAAGGAGUUUGGUGUUCCCUACAUGGAAACCAGUGCCAAGUCUGGCCUAAAUGUGGAGCUUGCCUUCACAGCUGUGGCCAAAGAGCUGAAGCACAGGUCUAUGAAGGAGUCCAGUGACAAGUUCAAGCUCCAUGAUUAUGUCAACAAAGAGAUGAAGAGUGCAGGCUGCUGCAGGACCUGAACUCACAUUGUGUUGGUCACAUGGAGUGUGUGUUUGUGUGGGUGUGGGAAUGAGUCUGGUAUAUGUGUUUGGAUGUGUGCGUCUUUUACUCACUG